AGGCCCGGUUCGGGACCAGCCCUGUUGCCCGAUCGGCCCGGCGCCCCCCUGCUACGUUUCAAUGUCAGGCGCCGGGCGAUGCUGGGCGCGUGCGGCCGCUGGUCCGCGCUCCUCUCCACGCUGCUCGGCGGCGCGGCGGGGCCCGCGCCCGUCGCGCUCGGGCGGCGGGGCGCCGGGCCGAGCGGGCGGGUCGCCGGCCCCGGGAAUCUGACGGGCCUGCUGCAGGCGGCGCGCGACGGGGACGUGCUGCUCCUGGCGUGCACCCUCGAGGGCAACCGGGCCAAGAGGUCGGGCGGCGGCCUCAAGGUGGGCGGCUCUGCCGAGGCCGCGAACCCUUCGAUCAUCAUAAGGCGGGCGCGCCUCAUCAACGUGACAUUCGUUGGCAACUCUGCGGGCGGCAACGGGGGGGCCCUCUUCGUCGAUUCCGGCGCCGUCCCCCGCAUCGAGGCCUGCACCCUGCGCGGCAACCUGGCCGAGGGUUCCGGCGGCGGGCUCUCGGUGCAGGGCAAGCGCACCGAGCCGGAGCUCAUCGGCGUGGAAUUCGUCGGCAACUCCGCAGGCAAGAAUGGUGGGGCCAUCCUCGUCGGUUCGGGCAACACCCUUCGCCUCGGGGAGGGCGUGAUGCUGCAGGGCAAUAUCGCCAAGUGGGCCGGCGGGGGCGUCUGCUUCGAGGACGGGGGCACGGCCACGGACCUGCGGGGCUCGCCCCGGCCACGGCUGAGCCUCCUCGGCAACGUCGCCAUCUUCGGGGGCGGCGCCUUCGUCCCGCUCUGCUCGUCCGCGCUCUGGGACCUCCUGUGCGAGGGCAGGAUCGCCGGCAACAGCGCGAAGGUCGCCGGCGGCGGGGUCUACCUGCGGCUGGACCCCCGCCACCGGUUCAGCAGAGCCGCCGCAGGCUGCCUCGGAGAGCUGCGCGCGGCGCCGGACGGCAACGAGGCGCCUCGGGGGCCGGGGAUUGCCUCCAGCGCCGUCAGGGUCAGGCUGCUGUCCGCCUCGGAGGCCCCGGUGGCUCGCUUCGCCAUCUCCGCAAAGCUGGUCGACACCUUCGGCGACGUGGUGGUCGAAGAGGAUCAGGCGAUCGCCAGGUUCUCCUCGGAGCUGGUCCGAUGGGACAAGACAGCGGCGGCGAGAGUCUUGGCGGCGAUGCCUCCCAAGGAGCGGGCGAUGGCCGACCUGGUCGAUCGCACGUGCAUCGCGAAGGCCGCCGAUGCGCUCACGUGCGUGGCCGUCAGGGGCGGCAUGGCGACCUCAUUUCUAGCCGCUUUCCUGCCUCCUGCCCCAGUGAACGCCAGUUUCCCGUUCGAGAUGAAGGUAGAUUGGACUGAUCCUUUGACGGGAGAAUUGAGCAAGUCCACGAGCGUCGUUGGUCAUGGAGUCGUCACGGUCACCGCCGACUGCCCAGCAAAUGCUUCCAUCCUGCCGGAUGAAGACGCGUGGCAGCGUGGCGAGAAUUUCUCUUGCCCGUGGGUAUCGUGCCCCAGGGGCCACUUCUUCUCGCCGGACUUCAGCGACAGCACCAGCACUGACCCGAACGAACGCACAGGAGAGUGCACGCUGUGCAGAGACGUGUACGGCGCUGACUGCUCCGCGACGUCAUGGGCGGUGGGUCUGAGAAACCUGCGUCUGCGGCAGCACCACUGGAGACCCAAUCUCACCACACUGCACAUCAUGGACUGCCGAGCGUCCCGAGAGGACGAGUGGAGCCCGUGCGAGGGGGGCUCCGGGGCUGAGCCGGAUGGCUACUGCAGGCGGGGUCACGCUGGCCCGAAGUGCCGCAUGUGCUUGGAGAGCCCGCGCCACUACAGGAGCGGGCGCGACUGCCUGCCCUGCGUGCCGGGCGGGCGUGCCGAGCGCGCCGCCAUCGCCGUCUUGGCCGUGUGCCUUCUCGGCGCCUCCGCGGCCGCACUCCGCAAGGCGCGUUCCCGGAUCUUCAAGAGGGCCGAGCUGCCGUCGGAGCACGGGGUCGCCAAGAGGAUGGCCGUGAUAAGUGUGGCUGCGGCUUAUCGUGCUUACCAGUUCAUCGGCCUCCUCGGGAGGCUGCAGUCGAAGUCCUCGGUGCCGACCAGACUCCAGCCACUCACCAUCCUCCUGGUGGACUUCGGGGCGGUGCACAGCAUGUUGCAGUCGGACUGCCUACUCGGCUUCGAGGCCUCCCAGCGAGCACUCCUGGCCAUGAACCUCGUGACGCCCGCCCUCGCCGUUCUUACGGCAUGCGGCCUCAUCUGGGUCUUGGCCCGCCAGGACCCGUACAGGUGCAAGUACUUCAUGGCGAUGGUGGUGCCUCCCAUCGUCAAGGUGUCGCUGGUGGGCGUCUGCCUUGCGGUGUCCAACAUGCUCACCUGCGACUCGGAUUUUGGCGAGGGCGAGGGGGGCCCCCGGCUCACCAGGCUGCCGUCCAUCCGGUGCGAGCACAAAGAGGGCAUCGUCUGUGGACUCCUCGGCGUGACGUUCAUGCUCUUCUACGGCGGCUGCCUGAUAGUCGCACCUCGGCUGGCGAUGGACCGCUUCAAGGCGCUGACCCGUGGUCUCAGGGACGUCUUGGUGACCGUGUCCGUGGCAUCGCCUUCCGGCACCGCUGGCGCGCUCCACAUUCAGCUGCAGGGCAGCGGCGAUCCUAUCGCCAUCGAGGCCGCACUCGACGCCAGAAUGGUCUGGCUGCUGGCAGUCAUCAAGGUUGAGCUGAUUAAGAACAAGGUGGAUGUCGUGAGCUCUUGCGUAUCCUGGACAGAGUCCCCUGGGGCUCGUCGCGUCGCAGUAAUGCACCCCGACAAGCUGAUACUGCAGCGCCUCGUCGACGCCCUGACGGCCGAAUCGCCGGAUGGACCUAACGAGCCAGCAACUGUCGGCUCUUGUCCAGACGAGGGGACGCAGCGCUACCUAACGAAGAAUUGCGUCGCCGCCCGCUGGAAGGGAGACAGGAUUCACCCUCUGCUGGCGGGCUUGAGCAUUGUGACCCAGCAGACUUUCUGGCAAGCGGACGUGAGCAACGCGCUCUUCGGCCUGACGCUUGCAUACCUCCCCUCUCUUGGAGGCGCCGCUGGGGCCGGGCACCAGGCGGCCGUCGGCGCGGCCGGCGCGGCUGGGAUGCUGCUCUUCCAGCUGACGCAUCCUAUCACGAAUCCUCGGAGACAGUGGGACGCGCUCGUCACGUUCGCGGCGCUGCUGGCCGCGUUCUGCAUCAUGGUGCUGGUGUCGGUGCGCGGCAGCUUCCUCUUCGCGGGCCUGGCGCUGUCGCUCUGCCUGCUGUCGCCGCUCGCGUGGAGCUGCCUCACCCUCGCCACGGCGCUGGUCCCGCGCCUGCGCGACCGGGACAUGGCGUUCCGGCUCGAGCACGAGCUGGCGUUCCUCCGAUACUGGCGCACCAUGCCCGAAGAGCGGGCCAUGAUGCGCACCCGCGUGGCGGUGGACUGCAUCCAGGCGGCCAGCCCCGACGCCGCGGUGGUCAACCUGAGAGCUGCUUGGCACGCCUCGCCGCCCGACCCUGCGCGCACCAGCUGCGGGCCCCUGGUCACCUGCCUGCGGAGGCUGGCGUUCCACCUCGGCUCCCGCAAGCACUGCUCGGGCUGGCGGUGCGCCUGCCCCGACAAGGUGCCGCUGGAGGCUGGCCUCGCCGUCGCCGUCCUGCGCCGCUCCGCGCCCCUGUACGAGGUGCGCGUCGAGGGCGGCGGCGGGGUCGUCACCGGCUGGGUGCACGAGGGCGCCCUCGAGGCCGUAAAGGCGAGGCCGCGGGCCGCGAAGGCGAGCCCUCGCCUCGCGCCCCCGCGCCUCACGCCCCCGCCGGGCGCACAGGGCGCCGGCCUGGAGGUGGAGCUGGUCGACCGGGCGGCCCGACCGAGCGCGGGCGCCGUGCUGGAGGGCCCCGACCAGCAGGGCGCCACGGGCGCGGCCUGA